AUGGGCAAUUUUGUAAAGGCUCCAUAUCUAUGGUCAGUUUUGUUUUCUAUCUGCAAUUCCAACAUUUAUUUCAAGACUAGAAGUGUAGAGAGGAGAGAGAAAAGGAAUGAAGGAGGAAAAAUGGCUUUCAAUUCGUUAUGCAAAGACGACUUGCUGCGCCCCAGGAUACGAAGCGCUUUGAGCCUGACCCCCAGAAGCCAGAGCAGUUACCAAACGCCACCUCUGACAGAGCUUCAACGCCUGCUGUGGACACAUAAACCUUCCACUGGCCACGUGAAUGAAGUCUGGCCAAACCUCUACGUGGGAGACUUAUAUACAGCUCGGGACAAAGAGCAGCUGCGCCGAAUGGGUAUCACCCACAUUGUGAAUGCUGCUGCUGGCAGAUUUCACAUUGACACUGGAGCUAAAUUCUACAGAGACCUGCCUGUAGAUUAUUAUGGAAUAGAAGCUGAUGAUGAUCCAAAUUUUGAUCUCAGCAUUUACUUCUAUCAAGCUGCCAGAUAUAUAAGAGCAGCGCUGAAUUCUCCAAGAGGCAGAGUAUUAGUUCACUGUGCAAUGGGGAUCAGCCGAUCAGCAACGCUUGUACUUGCUUUCUUAAUGAUCUGUGAAAACAAGACCCUUGUUGAUGCAAUUCAGGCUGUGUGUAAACAUCGAGGGGUCUGUCCCAACUCUGGCUUCCUCAAGCAGCUUCAGGAACUAGACAUGCGAUUAGCGAGGGAGAAAGGAAGAGGAAUAGAUCCCCUCAGACUUUAG